AUGAGGGUGGCGGUGGUGGGCGGCGGGGUCAGCGGGCUGGCGGCGGCGCACGAGCUGCUUUCCGCGAACGGCGGCGUGCGCGUGACCCUGUACGAGCAGGAGGAGAGCCUCGGAGGGCAAGCCAGGACGGUGGCCGUCGACGACGGCGCCGGCGGUUGCGCCAAGCUCGACCUCGGCUUCAUGAGCUUCAACCAGGUAACAUAUCCCCACAUGAUGGAAUGGUUAGAAGGGCUCGGGGUGGAGAUGGAGAGAUCGGACAUGUCUUUCUCAGUGAGCACACAAUCGAAAGGCGGCGGCGGAGGAUGUGAGUGGGGCAAUGGCAACGGUAUCUCAGGCCUCUUGGCGCAAAAAACCAACAUAUUAAAACCCAGUUUUUGGCGCAUGGUCUCUGAGAUAAUCAAGUUCAAGAAUGAUGCACUGACGUAA